AUGCCACACGCGAACCAAUCAUCCGCUAUUCUUAGCGGGACACUCUACAGCGAGUCACUUGCUGCGUCCCUUCUUAGAGGCACAACUCCAGAACAAUCAUCGAGUCGGCUAGCUCAUUCUGGCAUCAGUGACCGCCUCAUCGUCGUUCUUCGCGUGCUUGUGGUAACCGCGCACUUGCUAUCGUUCGUCGCCGUCGCCAACGCUGCCGUGCCGACAUGCGCCAGCCUCGCAGCUCAAGCUCCCUCGUUGAACCUCCUGCGCAAUGCGGGCUUCGAGGAGAUUUCCGAUGCAGCAGACUGGCCGUCGCCCCUGUCGUCCUGGGUGCCGCUCGUCCCCGGCGCAGCACAGCAGCAAGGGCAGGUGGCGGGGGAGGUACAGGGGGAGGGGCAGGGGGCGGGGGAGGUACAGGGAGAGGGGCAGGGGGCAGGGGCGGGGGGAGUGGGAGGUGAGACUCCGCCCGGGGACCCGUCCGUGGCUGCUGAGGGCGGUCGGUUCGUUCGGCUGCAGCCCACCGACGGCAGUGGGGGGAUUUGGGGAACCGGGGCGAGUGAGAGGGAAGGGGCAGUGUGGCCGGUGCAGGGUCUGGGGCAGCUGCUGUGUGUCAUGGAAGGGGGAGAGCAGCCGCAGCAGCAGCAGCAGCUGCAGCAGGGGGAGUUUUCGCUGUAUUUCUAUGCAAGGGCACGCGAGUGCAUGAUGGAUGUGUCUAUCGCAGCUGGAGUGCGGCCGAUGCGAGCAAUGAUUGUCGCCGUGUCCCUGCCACCACAACCACAAGCCACUGCCACCACCGGCAACACUGGCAACACUGGCAGCAGCAGCAGCGUGAACGAAGCCGAGCUGGGCAGUGCGCUGGCAGCCGCUAUGAGCAGCGGAGAGAUCAUGGUGCUGCAUCAAUGGACCGUUGGCGUUCCCUGCCGCAACAACUCCUUCUCGCUCUCGGGCCUGCUGCCCUGGCGCCAGCACGGGCCCUUCUCCUUCCACCUCCCACCCUCCUCAGCAUCUGCCGCUGCUCUAUCCUUCCCGCCGCAAGGCGUGGCUCUGCACCUCGUGCUGCUGGAGGGAAAGGAGGCGGACAGCAGCAGUACGCCCUCUAGUGGCUCUGUGGAAUUGCCUGUUCCCAUUGACGUGCCCGUUCCCUUACCUCCGACCUUGCCUGGGAGUGCGUCCGUGUCUGGGGGUGCUUCCGUGCCUUGGGGUGCGACUGUAGCAUCAACAGCAGCGGCAACAAGGGCAAGCAGCAUGGUCGUGUGA